ACGGCGGGUGAAGGACGGCUGGGAAGGCAGAGUCCGUGUUUGUAAAUAAGACCGUUAAAAUCUGUGUUUUAUUUACAAAAGUUAUGCCGGCUAUUUUUAAGUGUCGUACCCAGUUGUUUUAGAUCGUUUUUAAUUUAUUUUUUUGCUGCUAUUCCUCGCUUGAUUUGUGUGGUUUUACACUACGCGUAAUGGCGAGCUCGGCUAACUCGAAUCAAGUGCCUAAACUGUACAGGUCUGUGAUUGAAGAUGUUAUCAACGAGGUCCGGGAGCUCUUCCUGGAUGAGGGGGUGGACGAGCAGGUCCUCAUGGAACUCAAAACGCUGUGGGAGAACAAGCUAAUGCAGAGCAAGGCAGUGGAGGGCUUCAACACAGAGGAGCAGGCUGCCCUCCAGGCAGCAGCCCAGCAGCAGACACAACAGGCCCAGCAGGCCACCCAGCAAGCCCAGACACAGCAGGUCCUCCUGCCCCCGCAGCAGCAAGUGACGAGCUGGCAAUCCACCCGGCCUACUGUCACCAGUGCACCCCAGCAGCAAGUCAUUGUGCAGGAUCCUAAAAUUCUGCAGCAUAUGAGUGCAACCGGGAUGAAUGCAGCAACCACAGCAGCAACCUUGGCCUUACCAACAGGAAUCAGUCCCUACCAACAACUCAUCACUAGCCAAGGCGGCAAUUUGCCCCAGACUAUAUAUCUUAAAACAGUGGACGGUCAGAUCCUCCAGGUGCUGCGUGCGGCUAACGGGACCCAGUACAUUAUCCAGCCUCAGCAGCAGAUGGUCCUUCAGCAGCAGGUCCUUCCUCAGAUGCAGCCUGGCGGUGGGCAGGCCCCCGUCAUACAGCAGGUACGCCCCAUCACACAGGUACUGGCUCCUCUCCAGGGAGGCCUCCCCCAGGUGCUGGCUCCUCUACAGGGAGGCCUCCCCCAGCAGACAGGAGUCAUCAUCCAGCCUCAACAGGUCAUCCUCACUGGGAACAAGGUCCAGCAGAAUGCACAGGUAAUGCAGAUGACAGGCCAGCCCGGUCAGGUGCAGCAGAUCCAGCAGCAGGUCCAACAAGUUCAACAGGUCCAGGGCGGAGCUGCACCAGGAGGCCCACAGCAACAGCAGCAGAUCCAGCAGCAGGUCCAACAAGUACAACAGGUCCAGGGCGGAGCUGCACCAGGAGUCCCACAGCAACAGCAGCAGCCUCCUAUGAUGCUGCAGGUGGACGGAGCGGGGGACACGUCCUCAGAGGACGAAGAUGAGGAGGAAGAGUAUGACGAGGAGGAAGAUGAAGAAAAGGAAAAAGAUGGCGAGGACGGCCAGGUGGAGGAGGAGCCUCUGAAUAGUGAAGAUGAUGUGAGUGACGAGGAGGACCAAGAACUGUUUGAUACCGAGAAUGUGGUGGUGUGCCAGUAUGACAAGAUACACAGAAGUAAGAACAAAUGGAAGUUCCACCUGAAGGAUGGGAUCAUGAACCUGAACGGCCGAGACUACGUCUUCUCCAAAGCCAUCGGGGACGCAGAGUGGUAAAACACACAGCACAAAGAAUGCGUCCCAAAUAGCACUCUAUUACCUAUAUAGUGCACUACAUAGGGAAUAGGGUGCCACUACAUAGGGAAUAGGGUGCCAUUUGGAACACAGAAAAAAGGAACACACAACAACAACAAAAAAACACCACGAAGGAACUCUGGAACUUUCUGUCAAGUUUGAGAAAGAGACUCAUCAAUAACUAUGACCCAGGGAAUCAUAUUUCAGCCAGAGGACCUGGGAUGGGCUGGUUUGGGAAGGAAAUAAAUGUAACACACCACCCAAAACUGUGAUACUGACUGAUGCACAUCUGUAUGAAUGGUAUAUCUGUAUUAACACCCAAUACCCUACAAGCCUCCCAAGACAAGACACUGAGGAUUCCAUGCAGCACGGCCGAGGGAUCGAAGGAGAAAUCUUCUUAGUUUCUUUGUUUGACUGAAUUCACCUCCAUUUUGACCUGACUGUUUUCUCCCACUUCGAGUGGACCAGAUAUAACCACUAACUUGAGUUGACCCACCCUAAACACUUUAUGCCAAUAGGUUUGAAUCCGGGUCAAAGGUCAGAUAAAAUAUCCAGUGAUUGGACAGGGAGUCUUUCGAUCCUAGUUGUGUGCCUAGUGAUUGGCUAGGAAACACAUCAGUCAAUCCCAGUUUUUUUCAGUGACUGGGCACCACACAGUGAAGUUGACACCAGUGUAAUGAGUUGAGAUGGCUGUUUGAAAAAGGCUGACGUUAUUAUCUUCAUCUGCUUGUAGAUCUGGGUCCACGUCACUAAUAUGAUAUUCCUGCCACAUGUUCCGAUGGUCCAUACUAAAAGUGCCCUCCUGUUUAUCUAGUUGAUAGUGAUAGUCACUGUGUUCAGCAGUCGAGCUCCCCUCCUGUUUAUCUAGUUGAUAGUGAUAGCCACUGUGUUCAGCAGUCGAGCUCCCCUCCUGUUUAUCUAGUUGAUAGUGAUAGUCACUGUGUUCAGCAGUCGAGCUCCCCUCCUGUU